GAAAACAUCUCUAACUGAAUGUCACUCAUAGCAAGAACGGGUGUCAUCUCCCGAACCAUCUGGCGCAGCAUGGCGAAAGAGAAGAUUGUCGAGGGGGUUUUUGGUAUGUUCUUCUGUUCUGCCUAAUCGAGUACCCAAUUGAAUAGAAUCUACAAUGUACAAGGAAAAAGAGAGAGAGAUGCUGAUGUCUGGAAUAGCAAUCAACAAACCAACAGGUAUCACCUCCGCCCAAGUCCUCCGCGACUGUCAAGACAUCUUCCACACCUCCAAGCUCUUCGCCCCCUACCUCCGACACCUCCGCUCGAAUGUCCAGAAAGAUAACCCGAACCAGCGCAAGCGACGGAAGGUCAAGGACCCAAAGGUGAAGAUUGGCCAUGGAGGGACGCUAGAUCCGCUUGCCACGGGCGUGCUGAUUGCGGGGGUGGGGGUGGGCACGAAGUCUUUAGGGGACUUUCUGAAGUGCACGAAGACGUACGAGUGUAUUCUGCUUUUUGGCGUGAGUACCGAUACGUAUGAUCGGGUUGGCAAGGUCUUGCGUCGCGCGCCGUAUGAACAUAUUACGAGGGAACUGGUGGAGGAGAAGAUGCAGGCUUUUAAGGGGACGUUUUUGCAGCUGCCGCCGAUUUUUAGUGCGUUGAAGAUGAAUGGGAAGCCAUUAUAUGAGUAUGCGCGCGAGGGGAAGCCGAUACCGAGGGAGAUUGAGAGGAGACCGGUGGAAGUUAGUGAGUUGGAGAUUCUGGAGUGGAUGGAGGGUGGCACGCACGAACAUAAGGCACCAAGUGAGGAGGGGAGCGAGGCCGAGAAGAAGGUUGCGCAGGAGGUGUGGGCACAGUCUGGAUUUCAAAAUGGUGCUACGCCGGCUGCUGAGAGUGAUGCGAAAGAAGCAGCUGCACAGAAAGAGUUCGAGGGGAGGAAAAGGAAGAUGAGUGAGGAUCAAGAUGAAUUGGUUAAGGAGAAGCCGAGUAAACAGCUUAAGGCUGCGACUGUUGAGCACGAAGACGCUGUUAUGUCUGGAGGUUUAUCAGAUACUACGGAAGAACCAGCUCCUUCCGCCAGCCAAAGCAACACUACUAUUACACCCACUACCUCAGCAGCCUCUCCACCAAGUUCCAAGGGUUCACCAGCUGCCCGCAUCCGUAUGACUGUCACCUCUGGCUUCUACGUGCGCUCGUUUUGCCACGACCUCGGUACCGCUGUAGGAUCCGCGGGCCUUAUGGCGGAGCUGGUUCGUUCUAGACAAGGUAAUUUCUCAUUCGAGGCCGGAAAUGUUAUCGAGUACUCGGAUUUGAAGGACGGUGGAGAGCAGGUUUGGGGUCCGUUGAUUGAUCGAAUGACGACGGAUUGGUGGGCGAAGAAGGCGAAGGAGGUGGAAGCGCCGGUGGAAUAUGCGUUUAAUGGUGCUGGCCAGAAUGGAGAGGGGGAGAGUGCUGAGAAUGCGGAAGUCUCGAAUUCCGCUGCGAAGGGCGACGCAAAAGACUCGAACGCAGCGGAGCCUCAAGAUUCUGAAAGCGCUAUAGCGGACCCAGCAAAGGUUGAGGAACCAGCCAAGGUCGAAGAACCAGAAAAUGUCGAAGAACCAGCAAAGGUCGAGGAACCCGCAAAGGUCGAGAAACCCGCAAAGGUCGAGGAACUGGCAGAGGUCGAGAAACCAACAGAGGUAGAAGCACCAGAAAACUCAGCGAAGGACGCUCCAGAGCCGAAUCCAGAGUCCAUGGCCUCGAAAAGUACUUGGGCUCGAUAAAGCCAAUGGAAUUAAUUGAUUUUGCCGAGAAUUGCAAAGCCACAGCCUCAUGAAGAGCUGUUGAAACUCAUAGCAACCCGUCAUUACCAUAUUGGAUGCAAAGCCACAGCAUAAUAAUUGGCAGCAUAGCUACAGGAUACCCGAGAAUUAGGGCGAGCAUUGAAUCAACCUUUAAUGUACUUGAUCGAUAUCUCAAAGCUACAGCAUAUUACAUAGCUAUGAAUUAUUGCAGGCUCUGGGAUACCGCAUUGCUCAUCGGGGACCGUACAUGGUUGGGUAAAGGG